UCGGACCCUGAUUCAGUCCCCCCCGACUCUCGUCUCUCUCUCGCCGAGUCGCCGCGCGACCUCACCCUGACCCAGUAACCACUCCCGCUGGCCGCGGUCGAUACGCUCAGUGGCUUCAGGCCGUCGCAUCGCGCAACACCUCUGUUUGAAGCACCACCACAAGCCCCGUCUCACCCCACCAUGACGUAGAGGCUGACGCAUCGCACGUACAGUCGCACUUGACCGUCGCUUGGAGCACAUCACACCAUUACCGGUGAGAAGUUAGCCUUAGAGUGCAAUUAUUUUGGAAUGGAUUUGGACGACCCAUUUUGUGAUGAUAUUCUGGAGACAGUUAAAAGUAAACCCAAGGCUGGUGGCAAGUUUCAACCAAAGGCUAAAUCCAGUGCGAAAGAUGGGACUUCUACAUCAGUCCCAUCAGGUCCUUCAGGUUCUAACGAUGAAAAGUCUGUUAGACUAACCUCCUCAGGCUUAGAGACUAAACAAUAUGCUCGGCCCGUUGUCGCAGAAAAUAAAUUGACAACUGGGGAUGGAAUUUCUGCAGCUACCUCAGAGAUUGUAUGCAUUAACCAGAAAUCAAAAGACAAUGAAAGCUCUUUUUCUGACAACAAAAGCUUGGAAUCUGUCAAGACCUCAUCCCAACAUGUCAUGGGAGAGGAUAUUGGCUCUAAAGAUGCUCUGCAUCCAGAGGUUGCAACAUCUGAGAGCCACAUUGGUUGGCAUUCCUGCAUGGGAAUCUUGUCAGCAGAGAUAGACUCCAUGGAAUUUGAAUUGGAGCCCUUUGGAGGUAUUCUUUCCGAGGCUGACGCAACAAAUGGUAAUGAUGAUCGGGAAGGUUCCCUUUCUCAUUCAAAAAUGCCUACUUUUCUUGAUUUCAACAAUAAGGAUUCAGUGGAGCAUUUUGGUAUUCGGGCUUGUAAUUCUGUUGACUCUUCAGCACUUGGGGCAUGUGAGGCUGCAGAGCCUCAAACUUGUCCUGAUGCUCAUAUAAACCGAGAUACAGUUACUUAUAGGGAAGCUGGUGUUUCUAACAAUGUUGUAGAUAUUCAGAUUAAUAAUGGAAGGUCGGAAACAGAGUUUCAGGAAGCUGGGGCCUUUUCUGGCAUGGAAGAUCUAGAUUUUAUGUCUCAGGCCGAUACUCCAUUUGGACUGCAUACUGGCAAGUUUCGACCCAAGCCCAAGAUGAAAACAAGAAAAGAAAAACCUAGUACUGACAUCUCUCACCCAGAAGUUGAGUCUGUUAUGCAUUCGCAAGCUCCUGAGUUGGUUCCUUCUGACACUGGAUACGCUAAUGUGGACUCAGUUCCUGCCUUCCCGGCUGACGAUUUACAAGAUAACUCCAUGAGGAUUGAUGAUUUUAUUACAUUGGACCCAACCUCUGAAAUUUCAAUAAACGAAGAUUCAAUAAAUCUUGCCAAAACUUCUUACUCCGAUUGCCCUGUUCCGAGGGAUAUUCUGCAUUCAGAGGAUGUUCCUGAAAUUCUAACAGAACUGGAUUCUAACUGUAGAAGAGGAGAAGCUUCUACAUCAUCGGAUCUUCUUCAAAAAUGCAAAAGAUCUGCUACAGCUGAUGAAGAGAACAAUGAUGACAAAUCGUUGAGAAAUCUAAACAAUGAUGGCAAAUCGUUGAGAAAGCUAAGGAAAAAAGUAUCUUUUCAACUUAUCGAUGAGCCAGAUGGUGAGGCUAAUGAAAAUGGGGGCUUCUCUAGUGAACCUCCCAAUGAUUCUAAUAUAGGCGAAGUUGAGGACGGUGAUGAUGAAGAUGAAUAUAGAGUGGAAAGUGAUGAUGAAUUUAGAGUGGAAAGUAUGUCCCAGAAGAAAAGGGCUCCAAGAAAGUCAAAGAAAUCUGGGGUUGAAAAUGGUAAACCCGUACAAAAGCGCAAGAGGGCCAAUGAAGCUGCCGACCAGUUGACCAAAAAACCUCCCAAAAAAUUUUCUCAUUCAACUCGUCGAAACAGGAGAUGUGUGGAUAAGGUUUUACUUGAAACACCAGAGGAUGAAAUUGACCCUCAAAGGUUGCCUAUCAAGGAUCUCAUUUUGCUUGCUGAGUACAAGGAGCGACUAGCGAGCAAAGAGGCAGAAACGUCAAAAACACCCUUGACCAAUUUAAGGUCUUACAAUUCCUUUCCCGAGGAAUCAUCUUACAAGGGAGAGGCUGCUUUUGUUUCAGAACAAGGCAGAGGUUCUGAUGAUGAUCAACCAAGUUAUGAGGUUCCAACUAACCCUUUCAUUAAUUACCAGUCUUUCAUGGACAAAACUCCCAGUACAAGAUGGUCAAAACAAGACACAGAACUGUUCUAUGAGGCUGUUCGGCAGUUCGGGACAGAUUUUGCUAUGAUACAACAACUUUUUCCUGGUCGAACUCGUCAUCAAGUCAAGUUGAAAUUUAAGAAGGAAGAGCGUCAAUAUCCAUUACGGCUUUCUGAAGCCCUAACCAGUCGUGCUAAAGAUCAUUCCCAUUUCCAGUUGGUGAUUGAGCGGUUGCAACAAGCUUCUCAGGCGGAAGAUGCUUAUGUAGAUGACGUGGUUGGAAGGACAGGCAAGGAGGAGGAGGAGGAGAUAGUGGAAUUGACUACUCAAGCGAAGGAGGAAGUGGCAAAACCUGAGCAGGAUGAGGAAGUAGUUGUUGAAGAUCAGGAAGCAGAUUUGGGUGAAGUUCAUAGUCCUGCCAAGUCUGAUGCAGGCGAUGAUAACCUCUAUGACUGGAGUCAAUAUAAAAGUGAUUAUUAGCAAUAAAAAAAAUACACAAUCUAUUUGUUUUUUUUUUUUUUUAAAUUUUUAUUCUAAUUAAAGUAAAGCAGCCUGUACAGCAGCACUCUGACACAUGAAACCGCCCAUUGCUUCUUGUAAGAGUGAUCAAUUCUUGUCUGAAAAUGCAAACAUUUUAUCGUUUCCAUC